GAACCAAUACUUCGUGAGAAUAAGGAUAGGUUUGUUCUGUUUCCUAUUCGCCAUCCAGACAUUUGGUCAAUGUAUAAGAAGGCCGAAGCGUCAUUUUGGACGGCCGAAGAGUUGGAUUUGGCAGCCGACAUCAAUGAUUGGGAGUACAAACUAAAUGACAAUGAGCGACACUUUAUCACCUACGUGCUGGCAUUCUUUGCCGCAUCCGACGGCAUCGUCAAUGAGAAUCUGGCCACGCGCUUCAUGUCAGAGGUGCAGAUACCCGAGGCUCGCUGCUUCUACGGUUUCCAGAUAGCCAUUGAGAACAUUCACGCCGAGACCUACAGUCUGCUGAUCGACACGUACGUCAAGAGCACAGAGAAGAAGAGACACCUCUUCAACGCAAUCGACACGAUCCCCGCCGUCAAGAAGAAGGCCGACUGGGCGCUGCGAUGGAUCACCAACUCAAAGUCGUUCGCCGAGCGUUUGGUGGCCUUUGCCGCAGUUGAAGGCAUCUUCUUUAGCGGCAGCUUCUGCGCCAUCUUUUGGCUAAAGAAGCGCGCACUCAUGCCCGGUCUGACCUUCUCCAACGAGAUGAUCAGCAGAGAUGAGGGAUUGCACUGCGACUUUGCCUGUUUGUUGUAUAAGAAGCUUGUGCACCGACUUGAUGAUCAGGCCAUCGAAUCAAUCAUUCGCGAUGCCGUAGAGUGUGAGAAAGAGUUCAUCACAGACUCGUUGCCAGUUGACUUGAUUGGAAUGAAUAGCAAACAGAUGUCCCAGUACAUUGAGUUCUGUGCCGAUCGUCUACUCUACUCUCUCGGCCACAACAAAAUCUACAAAACAGUCAAUCCUUUCGAUUGGAUGGAGUUGAUAAGUCUGCCAAGCAAAGGUGACUUCUUUGUCACACGUAUCAGUGAGUAUGCCAAAGCAGGCGUAGCAGGAGGUACCUCUCGUCGAGAGGCCUUAGUUUUUGACGGCGAGUUU